CACCGUUUGAACCCGAAGUCUUGUUGUGCAAGUACAAGUCGCGAACACAAAAGCAAGCAGCUAUAAGGAAGGAAAGGAAAAGGAGACUUGGUGCGAAAGUUGAAAGCACGAAAAUGGGGUGGGUUUGGAAGGAUGACAACAGCGACGAUGUUCGACGCGAUAACUCUUCGGAACGAUGCGCCACCACCAAGGUCGUCAAAUCUCAGUGCAGAACAGAGGAGGUUGAAACUGGAAAGUUCGUCAGAAAGUGCGAGAAAACCGAAGAGAUUCUCAGGAAUUGCAUCGGAAAGCCCGCCGAAGUGUUGCAAUCAAACAAAGAGUAUACUGAAGAGGAUAUCACAGAUGAAGUACUUAAAGGAAGGUCUGUUCCAUUUAGCUCAUCUGACGGUGCCAGUGGUGUGUUUGACUUUCCUGGGCUACAAAAUGAUAUUGAAGUCAUGGAACGUAACCUGUUAAGUGGUCUCAGUCAUUUCUUCGACGCAGCGAAUGGGUUUUUUGAUGUUUUUUCCAAGUCUCCAAGCAUCUUUGAUGCAGAGUCAUCCUCACCCUCUGUGAGGAGAGGGAUACCUAUUGAAGAAUAUCGUCGGCCAGAAGCUUAUCCUAAAUCCAAGGAGAAGGAAUCAGGAGAUACUGAUUUUGUUGCAAUGGCUAAAGAUGUUUAAACCUUAAAUAUGCCCUGGGUAUAAAAUAAGUUUUCUUAGUUUUGUAUUAGAUUGUGGACAUCUGGACCACAAUCAAGUCCUCUAGUAACAUGUUUCUCUGUAUUAAGUAUUAACAUGUUUCUUUUUACUUUUUAUUUGAAGUUGUUUCUGAUGUAGCGUGUGACCAAAUUUUUGUUUUCCCCCUACACUCAGUUGUAGGCAAUAAGAAUGAUUAAGCAAUUCAUUUUUAAGCCAAA